AUGCUGCUAAUAAUACAACAGUUGUCAUCGCUAGUACUAACCGUCCUGUCUGCAGCACAAAUUUUCGUUUGUCCAACAACAACAGCUCAUGAAUUAACGUAUUAUUUAGAUAGAUAUGCAAAGGAUACACUUCAAUCAGUGCAUGCAAAUUUUUCACUUCGGUUAUUAUCGAAUUCGGCACACGGUGAAUUAAAUGCUGUCUUAUCGCCAUUAUCACUAGCAAUCACUUUAUCAUUGGCUAGUGCUGCAGCUGGAGGGGUCACAAGGUUACAAAUGAACAAUGUCUAUGCUAAAGGCUUCAGUACUGAUACCGUACAAAAGUAUUACUCUUUAUUGGCAAACAAAUUAUCGUUAAAAAAUAAUCGUACGAUAAUAGCACCCAGUGUUUUAGUAGUUUUACAUCUAUGUGAUCAGAGUAGUGUAAGUAAUGCUAUGUUACAUAUUGCACGCGAUUAUUUGGCUGGCGUGCAUCAAUUCGAUUGUAAGAAUAAAUCCGCAAGUCUUGAGUAUAUCAAUCAAUGGAUUGCUAAUCAAACAAAUUCACAAUUUGAAGUAAUUACAAGAAAUUUGCAUAAUGUUAACUGGCAUUUCCAACUUAUCGAUAGCUUUUAUCUAAAUGCUGUAUGGCACUAUCCAUUCGAUGAAAAGCGAACAACGCUGAAGAAUUUUUACGUAAAUGAAAAGACCAUUACACAGGUUGAAAUGAUGUCUAUGUGGGCAUUUAAUAAAUUUAAAUAUACAGAAGAUGCUGAUGUACAAGUUUUGGGUCUUCCAUACCAAUUAGAUACCAAUCUUUAUCUUUACAUUUUCUUACCACGAAAAAGAUUUGCACUGAGAAGUGUUGAACGUGAACUAACCGGACGUCGUUUACUGUAUUUAGUUGCAAGAUGCAAGAUGGUAGACGUCGAGGUUGAAAUACCUCGAUUUGCGAUUGAAAAUUAUUUUGACUUAAGUAUACCACUAGCAAGUCUUGGAAUUAUAGAAGCAUUCACUAGUAGAGCAGAUUUUCCUGCUAUUUCAGUGCAGAAAAUGCGUGUUUCAAUGAUCGGACAAAAAACACAAUUUGAGAUAAAUGAAAAAGGUUCAUAUCCAGUGAAUAGCAGUUACGGUGAAAUAUCAAAUAACGAGUUAAGAGCAUUAUGGCAAGGUGGACAUAUCAAAUUUAUCGCUGAUCAUCCAUUCAUGUUUGCUGUAACGCAGUGUGACCAAACUAUUCUUAUGGGUCACUAUUCCAGCUAG